AUGAAGACAGUUAACAUUUUACUUUGCGACACAUUCCCAGGACUUUUACCAGAUUUCGUUAAAUCAUAUGAAGAUAUGUUCAUGAAACUCUUCAAUUCCGUAGCAGAUGGAUUAAAAUUCAAUGUUUUCUUAACAUUGAAUGGCGAAUUACCACAAGAACUGCAUAAUGAUGAGCUUUACGUCAUUACCGGAAGUAAUAAUGGCGCUUGCCAGGACAUUGAAUGGAUCAAUAAGCUUAAACAAUGGAUAAUCAAAGCAGUCGCUGCUAAAACAAGGAUUCUUGGCGUUUGCUUUGGUCAUCAAGUCAUUGCUGAAGCACUUGGCGGCAAAGUUAUUAAGUUCCCAGGAGGUUUUGGAACUGGUAUCCGCACAUCAAAAAUUAUUACACCAGAAGCUAAGAAAUACUAUACAAAAGGAGAAGUAAAUCUACUUUAUCUUCAUCAUGAUCAGGUCGUAGAGCUUCCAAAGGACGCUGUUUGCUUCUUGACAGAUGAUUUUUGCAAAUAUGGUGGUUUUACUAUCGGCGACCAUGUAGUUACAUACCAAGGACACCCAGAGUUUGAAAUUCCAUACGUUCGUCAUAUUCUUACAAAUCACUCCCAAAAUGAGGAUCCAGAAGUUCUUAAGAAGGCUUUCGAGUCCUUCGAAAGUGGCAAACAACUUGAUGGAACGAUUGCGGCUACAUGGGCUUUAAAUCUUAAAUAA